UUUAACCCCUCGCACCUUUAGCGGCGGGAUGCUUGGAUUGAAGCGAUACUUGAAGGUUAUAUCAUUUUCAGUAUUCAGCUGCAUUAUUCUAGUUGUAGACAUGUAGAAUAUUAUAUUUCCAAUUAUUCAACCAAUGACGUUCCUCAACUAUCAAAAAUUCCUAACUACGAGUUUACGUGGUUACAGUGUCAAGAAACUGCUUCCAAAGUACGAUGUAAUAAUUGUCGGUGGGGUGGUUGGUUUUGGUUUGGCUGCCGUUGCGGGUAAAUCAAGGCAUUUCAUCAUUUAUCUUAUUUGUUUUAUAUAGCGGCUUCAGAAAUUCUCGGUAAGAAAAGCAUUUUGUUGCUGGAAAGUUCUGGUAAAAAAGAGUAUCAACGUAAAGAAGAAUAUGAAAAUCGUGUCGUUGCUCUUAACGACCUUUCCGUAAACAUGCUGAAAAGUACAUUUUCUAUACAAGCUUCAGGAUUCGUGUAAUCGUACUCCUUUUAGAUAUUGAUGUUUGGGAAUUUACUCAAUCAUUCCGUUCUCAGCCUGUAAAUAAAAUGAAAGUAUGGGAAACAAAGUCAAACCUUUACUUAACGUUUCAACGCAAUCCCUUGGCAUAUAUAGUAGAAAAUGAUUUAGUUAUUGAAUCACUUCGUAAUCAUUUGGAAUCUAAUAAUAAUUCUUCAAAUGUGACAAUACUAUAUGAAACACAAGCUGAAAACAUUCAGCUUCCUUCUUCAGAUCAUCCAGAACAUUUAGUUCGUGUAGACGUUCAACAAAGGACACAGGAUAAACGGGAAACUGUUGAAACAGAUCUACUUAUUGGUGCUGAUGGGUUCAAUUCACUUGUCCGUAGAACAGCUAAUAUUCAUACAAUUGGUUGGAAUCAUAAUCAAAAAGCUAUUGUAGCAACUUUAAAAUUAGAACAGGCUAAUAAUGAAUCUAUCGCUUGGCAAAGGUUUCUACCGACAGGCCCAGUUGCAUUACUCCCAUUGUCAAAAAAAUAUUCAUCAUUAGUUUGGAGUACAACUUCGUAUGAAGCUGAUCGUCUUAUGAAUUUAAAAGAUUUAGAUUUUAUUCAAGAGUUGAAUGACUGUUUGACUAAACCUAAUGAAUCGACGUCACAAAUUGGUGCACUUUUCAAUAAGAUGGGACAGUGUUUUGCUAAUGUUGUUGAUUACUUUGGUAAUCAAAUAAAAUCUACAGACAAUGAAAGUGAAUCCGACUCAUUUUCAACACCAACAGUAUUAUCGAUUCAACCAAAUACGAAAAGGGCUUGUUUCCCUCUAGGUUUUCAACAUGCCACAUUUUAUUCAGCUCCUCGUGUGGCACUAGUGGGUGAUUCUGCUCAUCGAAUACUACCACUUGCUGGUCAAGGUGUUAACCUUGGUUUCGGUGAUGUUGUUUCGUUGGUCAGGCAUUUAGAAGAAGCUGUUUUGCAUGGAGCUAAUAUUGGAAGUUUAGCCUAUCUUAAAGAUUAUACAAAUGAACGACAAAGAAUUAUAGUACCAUUAGCUGGUACAUUAGAAUUAAUUAAUUUAUUAUAUUCCACUGAUGCAUAUUAUAAACAAAACAACAAGGAAUCACCUUCUGUUUGUCGUAAUUCUGCAAUAUCAUAUUUAUUAAAUAUUAUCACAGAUAUUCGUGGGACUGGAAUGAGUACUGUUCAAUCUAGUAAAUUAUUGAAGGAAUUUCUGAUGGCAGUUGCUGUCACUGGACAAAUCCGAACAACACAAUCGAAAACCACUUAAUGCUUGUAGUUGGAUUAUUUCUGUAAUCUGUUCAUUCUAAAAAUAAAAUCCCCUAGUU